CGACACCGGAAGUGCUCUUUUGGCAAGCUGCUGUAAAACUGUUGUAGCUUUGCAGCUAUGACGAUGGAUGCUACGUAAAAACAGCUCCCUGAGCUGGUUUAUAAACUACCGUAGCCAUUUGUACAUUUCAGCCACGUGUAUGGACGACGAAGACAUACAGCUAUUAAUUUAUUAAUUUGUGUCCCAUUGAACCAUUUUGUGAGAAACGGUGGGAACAUUAUGAAAAUACAGUGACAAGACCAACAUUUUUCCAAGUUUCGCCAGAACUUCCUACAUCAGAAUGAAGGGACGAACAGAUGCUCCUCAGGACCGCUGUUGAACAAUACCGACACUCCGUCCUCGUCUGAUCCACUACUCGCACUUCACUGAGAACCAGAAAAUUUCCCACACAGCUGAUUUGAAAGAAGCAGGGGCUGCUUGGUGGGGAUCAUUUUCUUCAUUCUGGGCCUGGGAACGUUGCUACCAUGGAACUUCUUCAUGACUGCCUCAUUGUACUUCCAAGGUCGCCUAAACACAACAGAAUGGAGCAACGGCACAAUGGUGGUCCGCAAGGAGUACUACUUCAACAACUGGAUGACUCUGCUAUCCCAGCUGCCCCUGCUGCUGUUCACCCUGCUCAACUCCUUCCUCUACCAGAGGAUAUCGGAGGUGAUACGCAUCGCAGGUAGCCUGGUUCUUAUCCUGCUGCUCUUCAUCCUCACAGCAGUGCUGGUCAAAGUGCCCAUGGAGGAAGACCGCUUCUUCUCUGUCACCAUGGCUACUAUCUGGUUCAUCAACUCAUUUGGUGCUGUGCUGCAGGGCAGUCUGUUUGGCUUGGUGGGUCUUCUGCCUCAGAAGUACAGCACCGUCUUCAUGAGCGGCCAAGGCCUUGCCGGGACCUUCGCUGCCAUCGCCAUGCUGCUAGCCAUAGCCAGUGAUGCAGAAUCUGAGUCUGCAGCGCUGGGUUACUUCAUCACCCCAUGUGUGGGGACGCUGAUUACACUCUUCAGCUACCUGCUACUGCCCCGCCUGGAAUUUGCCCAGUAUCAUCUGAACAAAAGCCGCAAGUAUGAGGCAGGCACCACAGACGAGCUGUUGAAAGAGAGCAGCACAGUGGAGAACAGCAAGCUGAAUGGCCAUGCUAACGGCUCAGUGAACAGCAGCGCAACCAGUGGUGGCAGUCCAGCUGUGGCCGAGGUGGACCCCAGUCUAGACGGGAUCAAGCAUGCCUUCCUGUCACUGGAGCAGGACGAGAAGGGACAAGCCAAGGCCUCGGUCGUAGAGGUCUUCAAAAAGAUCUGGGUGAUGGCGUUCUGCGUGACGUUUGUGUUCACAGUUACUCUUUCCGUCUUCCCUGCUGUCACUGCAGAUGUCAGAACAUCAUUCCCAGAAAAAUGGGAGCGCUUCUUUAUCUCAGUGUGCUGCUUCUUGACUUUCAACAUCAACGACUGGCUUGGUCGAACCAUCACCACUUUAAUACGUUGGCCCCGUAAAGAGUCUUGUCUGUUCCCGGCGCUAGUUGUCUCCAGGGUGGUGUUCAUCCCUCUGCUGAUGCUCUGUAACGUCCAGAGUCGCUCCUACCUUCCCGUCUACUUCGCCCACGAUGGUGCUUUCACUGCCAUCAUGGCUCUCUUCUCUCUGUCCAGUGGGUACUUCGUCUGUCUUUCCAUGUCCUACGCACCACAGUUGGUGGAGCCUAAGGAUGCAGAGACUGCAGGAGCCCUGAUGACUUUCUUCUUAGCCCUGGGUCUGUCCAUAGGAGCCGCCCUGUCCUUCCCUCUCCGAGCUCUGGUCUAGUCACACACAUCUACAGCACUCCAUAGACACUGUAGAAUAUUUUCAUGCACACCUAGAGGGGGCAGUAUGAUAAAUGGUUUAUCAUCAGUCUGCCCCUCCUAGAUGACCUUCUCAUUUUUUUCCAUUCAUCUGUCAGGUGCUGUUUGUUACAGCAUGACUGCCUUGACAACCAAGGACCAUGGGUGAUGCUGUAAAAAUACAGCUUAGGAAGUGUAGUAUUGAUCAUAAAUGACAAGAUUCCCUCUGAAUGUAGAAAUAAAGGAAAUACCUUAUAUUACUCUGAAUGAAUGGUUAUGUUACCUGCUGCUAACCUGAAGAAACAGAUUUCCUCUCUGUACAACUCUUUAUAGGAUUGAUUUUUAUUGGACUUUUAUGUUGACUAUUGUGAGUUUUUAGGUUCAUUUAUGUUUAAUUUAGGUUUGUUAUAAGUACUUUUAGGGCAUUAUCCUCAGCUGACCAUAUGUAGAUAAAGGGAAACUUAAUUCAUUUUUUUAUGCUAUAAUCAAGAAAACCUAUAGAUAGAAAUGAUAGAAGUACUUGUUUUUGCAACAAUUGACCUUCAUACUGUCUUGGUACUGGUUGGCUUUAGAUAUGGGAUAGAUUUUUUUUAUAUUUUAUUGAUGACUUGAAUGGUUACAGUUAAUCAACGUUUUGUUAGAUUAAUUACAUUAGGUAUUUUUGAUGUAUUUUUCUUCCUAGAAUUAGUUUGUAUUUACUAAUGAAGUAGCUCUGUUACAGAAGCAGAACAAACAAAAAAUAUUUGUUCUAAUGUAUUGUAAAUUACCAAUGGAAGGUUAAUGACCAGUCUCAUGGACAUGGAUGGAUUACUGAACGGGGCACAGGCUCAGGGGCCCAGGCAGUCAAAGAGGUCAGGGGGCCCCUGGCCCACAGCGUCUGUUUUUAAGUGAAGUCAAACGACCACAAAGAGAUGCAAAGCAGAUAGAAAGACCCGCAAAACGACCACAAAGGGACGCAAAAUGGCUGCAUCAUUAGUAGUCGUUUUGUGUCGCUUUCAGUCUGUGGGUUUUGCUCCUAUGUAGGAGAGGUGGUAGGCCUUUAACAUGUCUGUGCCCAGGGGCCCGUUGUCUCAUAAUCCGUCCAUGCUCAUAGGGCUUUUUGCCAAUUCCAGUUUUUCUUCACCUCAGUCUCUCCAUUGCAGCAAUACAAACUUGCAGCAUCAAUUGUCUCUCCAACAUCAAGGCUACUACUGUCAUAUACUGGUCACAAGACUUAAGUCCUUCAUAGCUUAAUUUCCUUUUCUGAAAAACCUCAAAGUUAAACUUGAAAGACUGUUGUGCUCCUGUGAGGUCACAGGAUACUACUGACUAACAGGAAAUUGAGUUUACAGCACCUGAUGAUACUUGGUUGUAUUUUUUUUGUGACAUGCCAGAGUUAAAGUUAACAGGUUAUGUGAGUCAGUUUAUUUUAAAUCUUGAACUUCUCCUGAGAACAACUGGCAGCUGCUGUUUUGUUACUAAAUGUAGUGAUGCUGCUGUAAGUCAUUAAAAAAAACAAUAAUCAGAUGUGGAAAUUAGAGUAACUGAAAAAGGGAACUGCAAAUGCUGAGUAAUUCUUCUAUUUAGUAUUGUAUAGAUAUUAUAUUGGCCACUUAACUGUGUCAAAUAGUAUUGGAUUUUGCUACCAAUAUGCCAUGCUCUGAUGAUUUCAGUGUUGAUGGGAUUUUUUUUCUCUCAUUGUAGUGCACAAACAUCUUCUUGACACAGUAAGUUUGGAGCAAACUUAUUGCUCCAGAUUGAUGGAAUUUAUUUAUGUUUUAGCCCCAUGAUCAGCGUCAUAAUGAUGUACAUUGAGGUUUUGUUUUUUUGUUUGUUUUUGCUUAAGCUCAAUAAAAUACGGCUUUGUUUUUAUGCUUAUUAUUCAAUGUGUGUUUUUAAAACUACUGUUUACUGAAUCUGUUGUAAUGAAGAGUUUCAUGGUUGUAUGAGUACUGUAUGUGGUGUAAUGUACAUGCAAAUGGAGAAAAUGCGUGUUGUAACAACUGCUGCUUCUAAUGAACCAAGGGCUGAGUCCUAAUGAAAGAAGCAUUGUUAAUAGGACUUUGCUGUUUUUAAAAGUGUGACUUGAUUUAUGCUGCAUUCACAUCUAGUGGGACUUUUCUUCAACUUUCUCAUGAUUGUUUUCAAUCUGAACUGAACACACAUGCUUGAGUUAAUAGACCAAAAAUAGACCAACACAGAAAGUAGUUAUCAUGGCAACUAUGAUUAUUUAAAAAUUGUUGUCUUCUUGAAUCCUGCCAAUCCUGUUCAAGUUUAAAUGUAGUUGAAGCUAAAUACAAUCUAAACAAUAUCUUUUCAGUAUGAAGCUGAAAUGAACCAUAUUUCUUAUAGAAUGUCAAUGCAGCACCAGUCAUGGAGAUGAAGAACUCAUGUUGCAGUGAUUUAACAUCAGGAUUCUUAUGUGUAAUUCCAUGUCAUACUUCCCAUUGUGGGUCAGAAGAAUUCAAACUGUGUCAUUGUUUAUUUCAAAUUUCCUUUCUACUUUAAACUUCUUGUAUAAAGAAUGUAGAUUAAUUAAAUUAUUAGAUAUAGUUCUCAGCAGUGUACAGUACAUAGUUAAAGGUAUUAACAGUUGCAAUUCAAUCAUAAUCAACCUUAAUAAUAAUUAACCCAGUUUAAAAGGUUCAUGUUGUGUUCAUAUCAUAUUGGAUUUACUGUAAAUACAAGUCACUGUCUGUCUCCUUGCUGUAA